AUGAGCUCAGCUCUAGAUCUUGAUGGCUCUUCCAAGGGCACCGUGCUCAACGGCCCUUGCGACUGGAAACAAUGGAUUUCUAUCAUCAAGAAAUUCGCCACGUCCCACAGUCUUUGGGACUUUCUGGACCCUGCCGUCAAGGAGGGCUCGUGUGGCCCCAACCGACUGGGCACUCGAGAGGAAGUUGUUCAGCGUUAUCGUUCCACCCUUCAGUCGCCAAACAGGACCAAGAUCGAAGCUUGGGUCACCCAAUGGCAGAAAGUCCUCACUGAGGCAAAGCAAUUAGGGCUUCCUGAUGUCCAGGACCUUCGCCCUACCCAAGAUUUCCUACAGGCUGUUUCGUCCAUCAACGCCCCAUUCACAGACUAUUGGGUCAACAAAAUGGAAGACGAGGCCGUAUUCGGCAAGCCUGAUUGGAAGACCGACUUCCCGGACGGCAUUAAGAUCAGUGAGAUCUUUGAACGAGCUCACCGAAUCAAGGCCGCCAACAACAGCAAAGGAUCAUUCGAGCCGCCUUCCAAGAACGCUGAUGGUGUUCCUAUGUGUGUCUGCGGAGAAUAUCACCGCUUCGUAGAUUGCUUCUAUCUCAUCAAAUCAGCUCGGCCUGAUGGCUGGACUCCUGAUCAGAAGGUUGAGAAGAAGAUCAAGGAAAUCCUCGACUCCAAUCCAUGGGCAAAGAAGAUGACGGAGAAAGCACAAGACUUCAAGAAGAAGGAAAUGGAGAAAUCACCAUUCUGGAGAAUCUACGUUGAUAUCUUCAGUAUGAACACCUCAUUCAACGGCAAGGAAGCUGUUCUUCUUAUCAAAGAUGAAUUUACAAGCAUGAUCUUCAUCUACCUUCUGAAUGACGCGACACAAGGGUCCGUUAUGACUGCUUUGAGAAACCACGAGGCAAUGGUUCAACGCCAAUGGAAUCUCAACAUUUGCAUUAUCCACCGUGAUAACGAUCGUUCUCUUCAGAGUGCGUAUGAGAGCUGGAUCGAGGAAAAGGGAUUCAAGAUGAACCUUCUGCCCUUACACUCCCUCAAAACGGUUCUGCAGAGCGAUCUGGGGACUCACACAGAAAUCGGUUAUCUCGUUGGAUAUGAUUCCACGAACAUUUUCAGGAUCUGGAUUCCGUCCACAUCAGAAGUCCGAAGGGUCCGAGAUGUGACCUUCAAUGAAAGCAUCUUCUAUGACGGAAAUGAUCAGCCACCAGAACCUAUCCCACAGCGCGUGGAAGUACAGCUUCCAGCCCACAUCGAGGACGAGUCGGAUUACGAGGAAAUCCCACUCAAAUCGAUGAACCUGAACCUGACCCCGUUGAGCAAUCUCCUCAACCUCAGACCAAGGAGACGCCACCACGAUUGUGCCACGGCGCUCAGCCCGCACUCCAAAGCCUCAGAAGAAAACUUCACAGACGACACCUUCCUCCCGAACCUACGACCCCGUCUUUGUGUUCGAGGAGAUCUUCAACAGCUGGGUGACAAGGACACCUAUGCAGCAACCCUUGCAGGACGUUCUUUCCGGAUUCUCAUGGCCAUCACCGCCAAAUUCGACCUUGAGACCCGACAGCUCGACGCAGUUAAUGCCUUCACAAACGCCCUCUUAGAAGACGAGGAGGAGGUCUAUAAGGAACUCACUGCUGCAUUCAGAGAGCUUGGUCUUACACAGUGUCCCGACGAACCCUGCAUCUUCCAGAACGACUGGCUCACUGUUUUCUUCUUCGUUGACGAUAUUGUUUUCCUCUAUCGCAAGGAAAACGAGGACGCAGCUGAUGAGAUGGUUGCAGCCCUCAAGAGGAAGUACGCGAUGACAGACCAAGGGAAUUACAAUGGUUCCUUGACUCCUACAUUGAAAGGAUGGUUCAACGGUUCGACCUUGAACGGCGUGACCACUUCAGAGGAGCCCCUUUCCCGUGCAACGAAGUCCAGCCGCACACAGGGCAGGCUUCUCCAGACCAAAUUCAGCUAUACCAGAGCAAAGUUGGAUCACUGA